AUGGUUUUGUAUGUACAGAACAUAAAGUGUUUCGGAUGCUGCAAAAGUGGAAGGUCUUUAGUUGUGGAAGUCGAUGAACCAUCAAAGGGACUCAAAAUCCAAGGAAAGGUUGUGAAGAAAGGUGAUUGUUCAUCAGAUGGUUUUUGGAGCACAAGUACAUGUGGCAUGGACCACAAUAUCACGAUAAGAUCACAAUCUUCUAACCCGCCUUUCGAUCCCCGGUGCAGCACAAGCAACUCUACUGAAUUCGUAAACCAUGGACUUGUUCUAUGGAACCAAACCAGACAACAAUGGCGCCGUGAAUGCCGAACUAGACAACAAUACCGAGUUCCAGAACCUGCAAUAAGCUUGAACUCGACAUAUGAUAGCUUAUUGAGCACAAACAAACAUUUUCCUCGACCGAUACCUCUUCAGGAAAUGGUGCAUUUUCUUGUUGAUGUUUGGGAGGAAGAAGGCUUGUACAUAUGA